AUGUGCUGGUUUACCCUAACACCAGCCAAAGGGGGAAAGCAACAUCGCCCUUCUACAGACUCUUCAUGUGUGGAGGAACUCGUUCGCGUCCAUCGUAGUCCAGCAUCGCCGCGUUUCAGCGACGUUCGCGUCAAGGUGCCUAACAUAACCCUCGAGGUGGAUGAAAAGGGCGACAUCCGCAUUUGCACCCACUGCACAUGCAUCCAAUUCACGGCCAUCAUCACCACCACGACCUUAGUAUGUCCGACAUUACAGAAGUUCGCCUUCGAGGCCCAGGCAGACAACGCACUAUUUCAGCCCCUUGUCCCCCACCACCAACCCGCGAGCCAUCUCGUUGCCCGCCAGCUUCUCGCCCUCGCCCUCGUCAACCCACCUACCAUACCCAAAUCGUUGAGCCGACAACAAGUACAACAACAGUCCGAGAAAGCACCCGCGCCGCUCUCCGCAGCGUCCAACAAGAGCGAACGCGAGGUGCCUUACGCAGAGUUGCCGGUUACGAAGUCCUAG